AUGGAUGUGAAUUAUUUAGAUAUUUCCAAAGGUUUUAGCAAUCUGGAAAAAUAUAGUGAGAUUUUAGAUGAUAACAUUAAUAUUUGCAAGGGUAUGGUGUACGGGUCUUUACUUAAGGGUACAGUUCCUAAUUGUCCAGAAAGGUUUAUUCAAGCAUUCAAAACCCUCAAAGAUGAUAACGCUCUACACAUCACAAAGGCUGAUAUGUCGAAUGCUUUUUUAGGAGGUGCCAUUGCCUACUCACACAUAACAAACAACUUGGACGUAGUUAACAAGUUGUCUGGUAUGAAAUUAAAUUUUGAUUUUAAACUUUGUGACGCCUCCACGCUGCCCACAGCUUCAGCGUGCGGUUGGGACUGGACAGAGAACCCGGUGACGGGGGAGUGUUACCGCCUGGAGCUGGAGGAGCUGACCUUCGCUGACGCCCGCGCCGUGUGUCUGGAGCAGUGGUACGGCGAGGGACAGUCCUCGCCAGACCUCGUCUCCCUCUACUCUUCACAGGAGCAGUCAUUUGUUUUCGACCUGGUGGCUAGACAGGACCUGAGCCAGACGGGGCUGUGGAUUGGCAUGAAGAACGACAUUGACGGCAACAGAUGGAUGGACGGAACACCCGGAGCUUACUUCAACUGGGCUGACGGUGAACCCAGCAGCUAUUAUUUCGACGAGAACUGUAUUGAGAUGCACUCGGACACGGGCAAGUGGAAUGACAUCGACUGCGUUCUCCGCUUUGCAUUUAUAUGUGAGAAAAAAGUAACGUGCCCGAGCGGGUGGAGCUACUGGAACAACCACUGUUACUACCUCUCCCCGACCACCGCCGACUGGGACACCGCCCACGGCUCCUGCAACGACAUGCUGGGCAGCGAACUCGUGUCCGUAGGCAGCGCUGACGAAGACGACUACCUCACUA